UACCUGAUCGGUGCUCUGCGGUGGACGGUCUCGCGAGGGCUCGCCGGUCGGCUCGAUGGCCGGGUCAAGAAUCGCCGCGCCGCGCUGUGUCACCUCAGUGAGGGUCACUCUUGUCAUCUACCUGACCUGCGUGACCUCACUGACCUCUGCCAUCAGUGCUGAUGUCAGUGCGGAGCUGAACCGAAGCGAGGUGUCCCUAGACGCGUUCUUCGCAGCAGUGACGAAUAAGACUGGAGAACAAGAAUCCGAGACAGUUAUUGAAACGACCACGCCUUUACUGGUGUUUCCUGAACCGAGUGAAACACUAGUGCAGCUGGCAAGCCUUCAGAAGCAGCCCCAGGAGGAAAGUGUGCUAGAUGUAUUCAACAGCGGAGAACAGGGCAGCUUGGCCUUCACCCAGCAGGAUGACCUGACUUCGAGUCAAGACAGUGAUGUGAUAUCAACACAGACCAGUGAGUUACCUGAAGUCAAUAGUGAUUUUAGUCUGCAGAACGAUCAACUCAUAAGCGAAGAAGGCCUGGUCUCUGGCUCUGAGGGUAGCGUGUCAUCAUCCAGUUCAACUGGCGAUUUCGGCGCUAUCCAAGACGAAGGUCGGUCUGUCGAUGUACAAACUCCCUCCGGUCUUGUUCAAGACGAUAUGAUCACUUCGGGCCAGAUCAGUGAAGUAGUCUACAGCGACGGCAGUGAUACUCAAAGCUCCCAGAUUGGCAUCUCUUCUUCCAUCGAAGGCCGUGGCGCUACUUCGGCCGAAACCAGCCAGUUCCUUCCCGACGUCUCUAGCAGCUGCGUGGUGCUCGUGGAUCAGCUGGACGGCGUCUUGCGGCCCACUGAAGAAGCGCCGUGUCUGUUCCGUCUUCAGCGACGGCCGGACCACUGCGCCGUGCGUCUGCAGCUGAUCAAACCCGGCUCCCUGAGCUGUGACACCGCCCGACUCGAAAUGGACGGGCAGCCUCUCUGUGAACAGCUCUCCAGUGCUGUCGAGGUCGUCAGAAACUUCACCAGCGAUGCCAUGACGCUGGACGUGGAGCUCGCCAGGGACACUGAGCCGCGGCACGGCGGGGUGGACCUAGUGGUGAGCUCAGCACUCAGCUCGGAGGGUGCUUUCAUUGAACCAGCUGCUGAGGCUCUUCCAGAGGUACGCUUUCGUCAGGAGCCGUGCAGCGGGGCUGGUGUAGCUCAGACGGCGCCGCAGCUGCUUGGAGAACCAGACAUUCCACCGACCGGAAUCUGUUUCCAGGAGUUCUCCGAGACUGCGUUCCGGUUCCGUUCGCCAGGGUAUCCGAACAACUACCCACCGGAUACGAUCUGUCAGUACCAGGUCCGCCGUGCGGGCAGUGACAUCUGUCGACUGGAGCUGACUCUGAACGCCUUCGAUGUCGAAGGCGUCGCGACGUCGGUCUGCCCCUUCGACUUCCUCCAGGCCGGUAACCAGCGACUCUGCGGACUGCGACCUCCCGGUGAGAUCGUCUACGUCGACUUUGUGGAGUCCUUCAUGGAGCUUCAGUUUCACUCGGACGAUCAGACCCAACGUUCUGGCUUUGACAUCACGGCUCGUCAGCUACGGUGUGUGGAUCCUCCGGGACCGGGUCCCGAGCCGCGUGGCGACUGUGAUGCUGUAUUCGUGGGACCCGAGUUCACCAUAGAGAGCCCCGACUUCCCGUCACCGUACCCCGUGUCUACCAGCUGUCGCUACGAAAUUCAGCGCGCUGGUCCAACUGUCUGCGAGCUUCAGCUGACCUUUGAAGUCUUCGCGCUAGAAUCAGCAGCCGACUGCGCUCUCGACUUCUUCGAAAUCGGCGGCGAGAGAAUCUGCGGUGUGCUGCCGACCGAUCAGACAAGAAUCGUGCCGUUUGGCGGCGCUUCGACGCUCCUAGCGCAGUUCCAGUCGGACGAACGUGGCUCAGGACCUGGCUACAGGAUCCGAGCGAAACAGCUCAACUGCGGGCCGGGUCCUGGGCCCACUCCUCGGCCCUCCUGCGAUCUCGUCAUCACAACGCCCGUGUUUGAGCUGACAUCGCCAGGGUUUCCGCUAGAUUAUCCUCCAGACUCCGACUGCCAGUACCAGGUGCGCCGCGCCCUGCCUGACAUCUGCUCCCUUGAGAUCACCGUACGCACCUUCGACCUCGAGGAAUCUCCGGGCUGCGUGGCUGACCGCUUCGUGUUGGGUGGUGAACGGCUCUGUGGUCUGCAGCCGGCAGGACUCGUCCGCAACAUCACGUUCACUGGAGAACAGGUGACACUGGCGUUCCUCUCCGACGUCGUCACUCAACGGCAGGGUUUUGACCUUCUCCUUCGUCAGGUGCGCUGCUCCAACCCCGGUCCCAACCCCGGCCCUGGGCCGUUCCCGCCGAUUCCUCCCACACUGCCGCCCCCUUCAGCUUGUGGUGGCGCCCUGUUCGGACGACAGGUGGAGAUAUCCAGUCCCGGCUUUCCCGGACCGUACCCGGGCGGCGUCUCGUGCGUCUACUCUCUGCAGAAGGCCGACGAGUCCGUUUGCGAGCUUGAGGUACGCUUUGACGUGUUCCAGCUGGACCCAGGCCCGUUCGGUGCCGAAGGAUGUCGAGGAGACUUCAUAGAGUUCGGCGGAGAGCGAAUCUGCAGGGCGGAGCCGGGCGAAGUGCGUCGCAUUCCGUUCCGGAACGCCGCUGCCGAGCUGCUGUUUCGCUCAGAUGUGGUUGGCCCGGGAGGCCGGUUCCUGCUGCAGCUGCGACAGGUUGACUGCGGAGUACCUGUGCCUCCGGUACCAACUCCUGGUACCUGUCGCGCCGAGCUGAGCUCCAAUGGCGCUCUGGUGCGCUUCACUUCACCCAACUUCCCUGGCCCACCGCCUGCCACCCACUGCUCUCUGGUUAUCAAGAGGACCGUACCGUCCUCGUGCACCCUGGAAAUGCGCGUGCGUCACUUCCAGCUGGCCCCUGAGGAGCCUGUGUGUCCCGUCCAGUUCCUUCAGGUCGGCCAGCUACAGGAGCGAGUCUGUGGAUCUCAUCCGCCUGGCUACGCGCGUCGCUUCACCUUUGAAGGAGCGGUCGCGCACGUUGAGUUUGUGUCUGAGGUGGUUGGCACCGUGUCCGGCGGCUUUGACGUGGAGUUUGAACAGCUGCCGUGCGCCAGACCGAGCCCCGAUCACGGCGACUACGGCAAUCACGACUACGAACAUCAUGGCGACUAUCACGGAGGACAUCACGAAGGUCAUCACGAGGGUCAUCACGAGGCUCAUGGAGAGUAUCAUGAAGGCCACGGUCAAGGACACGAGGAACAUCACGGAGAGCACUUCGGUCACCACGAGGAGCACCAUGCGCAGCAUCAAGAACAUCAUGGUCAACACGGCCAGCAUCACAGUCAGCAGGACUACAGACACGGUGGUGGUCACCAGCACACUCAGGUCACCAUCGGAAGCCCCUAUCAGCCGAGGGGGAAAUUCGACCUCUUCUCCUUCCUUAAACCAUGGACUCUGUUUUCCAAGAAGCCGAAGCGGUUUAUCCCUGGUCCUGGUCCUGUUUACGGUCCUCCGCCGAUAACCUUUCAUAGUUCUGCGACCACUCACUAUGGUCCUCCAAAACCACGGCCAAGCUACGGUCCGCCGAAAUCGAAACCCCGACCUUCCUACGGUCCACCUAGACCGGGAUCCCACUAUGGUCCACCGAAACCAAAGCCAAAGCCUAGCUACGGUCCUCCCAGACCAGGAUCCCACUACGGACCUCCUAAACCAAAGCCAAAGCCUAGCUACGGUCCUCCCAGACCAGGAUCCCACUAUGGUCCGCCAAAACCAAAGCCAAAGCCUGGCUAUGGUCCCCCCAGGCCGGGAUCGCAUUACGGGGCUCCCUCGCCAGGUCAGACACACCACAGGAGUGAGCACGUGCCCGCCGCGGCUCCGGAGGUGUUCCCGAAAUUGUCCUUUGACGGAUGGACGCCGAUCUGAUGAGAUACCUCCAGUUAUAUGCUUAGUGGCUUGAAUGUUCCGUGCGAAUCAGGGGUCCUGAAUCCUGAUUCAAUAACUCAAAUGUUAGCCGUUUUACAAGUGAAUGUGUAUUCUGAGCGGUGUUUCAUGUUUGUUUUAUGCUUUUUAUGCCGUACUUACCGUGAUGAAGUCAGUAAAUGUUUGUUUUGAUUUUUUAAUAAAUUUUAUUGUUGA